AGUAGUGAGCAUGUGCAAGUGACGUAAUUCGUUUUGACUUUUUGCCGUGAAGCAAAAUACUCGAGUCGAGAAUAUCAUCAAGUUAUCGGAAACUAGUAACUUAAUUUAGGUCUUUUGAAUUUAGUGGGAUAACAUAAAAGUUUGUUUCGAAAGUAGCCUUCCUGUUUUUCUCUAGGACUAGGCCUUUCCAGUGUCAACUCGGUAUCAAGUUUAUCCAUCACAAUGGCAUCGGCAACCCCCGUGGUUAUUGCUGCCACAGCCAAACAGACCGCUACGUUAAUCUUUCUCCAUGGGCUGGGAGACACAGGGCAUGGUUGGGCCACUGCGAUGACAGAAAUCCGUCAGCCCUACAUGAAAGUCAUCUGUCCUACAGCUCCGACGAUGCCGGUGACGCUCAACAGUGGGUUCAGGAUGCCGUCGUGGUUCGACCUCAAGUCUCUGGAGGCAUCUGGACCAGAGGAUGAGGUGGGGAUCAAGAAGGCUGCGGAGAAUAUCCACGCCCUUAUAGAGUCUGAGGAGAAAAACGGCAUCCCUAGUGACAGGAUCCUUCUGGGGGGCUUCUCACAGGGUGGUGCUCUUGCCCUAUACUCGGCUCUGACCUUCCCCAAGAAGCUGGCCGGAGUCAUGGCUCUGUCGUGUUGGCUCCCUCUACACAAGUCAUUCCCAUCGGUGUUAAACGCCGCCAACAAGGACACACCGAUAAUACAGUGCCACGGUGACUGUGAUCCGAUCGUUCCUUACAAGUGGGGUCAGCUGACUGCGUCCAUCCUCAAAACUCUGGUCAAGAGUGCUGAGUUCAAGACGUACAGGGGCAUGAUGCACAGUUCCUCUGAAGAGGCUCGCCCUCUCUUUCUCAUCCCAGGGUCCCUAUUUUGAAGCUCAAGAUGAAUAAUAACCCAUUGCAGGAAAACGAUAUUCCGAACUCAGAAGAGGUUUCACUCUUUGAGUUAAAAAAGAAAAGAGGUAAAAGAAUGAUGAUUCCAAAAGAAAUGCUCCGUAGAUGCUCAUUAAGACACCCAAAACACAAUGUACAAGAUAGUUUGUGCCAAUAUGUAACAGAAAAUCAAAGAGAGGCUAUUUUCAACGAUUUUUGGCGCAAUUUCAAUCCUCAGCAGAAAAGACAUUUCAUUUUCAACACAGUUGACGUAGCAGCAAACAGCCAAACUAGCACAGGAAGACAGAGUUUUAACUACGCUUUUGAAAUUGACGGAAAGAGAAUUUCAGUUUGUGCAAAAAUGUACCUGACGACUCUUGGGCUAAAAACCCCUUAUUUGAUCAGAAAAUGUUUUCAAUCAGUGUCUUCAGUUUAUAUAAAUGCUUGUAACUCUAUCAAUAGCACCAACUUGUUUGAAGCUGAUGUUGAGACAAUCAGUGAUUCUGAAAAUGAAAGUUACAAAGAUGAUGAUGAGUAUGAUGGCUAUGUUAAUGAAAUAGAUCAAUAUAUUGAUCAAUUGGCAUCAUCAGUAAAUGAGACUAUUCAGCAGUUGGAGUAAGUGAAGAGUAGCAUGAACCAACUAUUAAUGUUACUCCUAUGGUUUGUAUCAUGAUGUAUAACAAACUUCUUAAAUUUAGGAUUUAAUGAAUUUAAUAAUUAAUAUUGCCAGUGUGAUUGUUAGUUGAGAGAUGUAAGAAACCAUCCUUUAUAUUACUCGUUAUGUUUCAUUGUUAAUUAACAUAUUUAAUUACCACUGGUGAUAUUACUACUGUUAUUGUUAGUAGAGAAAUUUAAUGAGCAAUGUUUUGGUUUAUUGUUGAUUGACAAAGUUAAUGAAUUACCCUUGAUAUUACCCAUGUGAUUGUUGGUUUACAAAUUUAAUGAAUUACUUUUGCCAUUACUACUGUUAUUGUUGAUUGACAAAUUAAAUAAAUUGCCCUUAAUAUUACUAGUUAUAUUGCAAGUAUUUUACUUUCGUCUGUUAGAUUCUUGUCAGAGUGCAUUGGUAAUGCAGUAUCACUGCCAAGAAGUUGCUCAAAAUAUUUGCCUCCGAGUGUUUGUAUUGUUUUCUUUUAAUCUUAAAUAAAUAAUAAAAGUUUUACUGCAAUUUAUCUUUUUAUAAAAAUGUAUGCUAUUGUAUUUAGUUUAAGUGUAUGUUGUUUAUUGUUGUCUUAUUUAUCCCCCUUCUAUCAUGAUUUUCUUGUUUAUUACAAGUGCCUUUGUUUCUAUGAGAUAAAAUAAAAUAAAACACAACAUUUGACCGAGCUUUGCUGUUAAAUGUGAUAUUUUGUAUUGACAUGUUUAAUAACUUCAUCUUGCUCAUUCUUGUAAAUGAAUUCCAGUAGUAACUUAAUACUAAGUAUCUACCAAUUGGUGGUUUAUGGUGAUAUCUUUAUUGUUUUAUUGCCAUUCUUGAUUGUACAUUAAUUUUCAUAUGUGUAUUGUUUUAUAAUCAUUAUUGCUUGUACAUUAACAAUAAGUUAUAUUUUUCAGGGUAUUGUUUCUUAUUUUCUAAUUCACAACAAGUGUGCUUACAAUUUUAAAUGAUGACUUAUUGUUGUGUAAAUUGCUACUUAAAAAUCAACGAUUAAAUAGUGUUUUUUUUUAAUUUCAAAACAUCUUAGCAUAAGUUUUUAUGCAAGUUUAUACUAUAUAGCCUAGUAUUUAAAAACUGUUUUUAACCAUUUUUAUUCCAUAUUAAUACAAAUAAAAAACCAUUACCAUACCUAUGUUUUUGCAGUAUUAGUAACAGUUUUAGUAAAACUCAAGUGUAUGCUCAUCGGGAACUUUUAUUUGAAACCAAACAAUAAUUAACAUAGUCGGUUUUUAGAUAUUUUGUUUUUCAAAUUGCUUCCCAAAGAGGUUGGUUCGCUGCUUUAUUGAUUUUUUGUGUCCAGUAGUUGAACAAAAUAAUUUACCUUGAACAUUCCAAAUAGUGAUAUUACCUAUGUAAGGGAUAAGAGGUCAAACAAUAUGACUGACUCUUUUAUAAAUGUUGAUAUUAUAUGGGUAAAACUUUUUAUUCAUUGUAACUACUAUGUUAUCAAUAAAAUUUUUAAUUUUA